UAUUACACAGAAUCCCCCCCUUUCCAUCCACGCUACGCACACUGCAUCCACUUCGUCCUCUCACCUUACUGGACCCCAACAAACAGAUCGCUGUGGAGGCUGCAAAGCAACUUCCUUGUUCAAUAUUCGCUUGGCUUGGCCUCGCCUUUUCCCCAUUGCUUUAUAGCCGGACACAGAAAAACUUCACCUUUGAUCUAACCUGUGCAAUCCAAGAAAUUUCUGUUGAGAACUGAGAGCAAAAAAUGAGGUACAUAGGAUCCCAUGGAGUAGCAGCGCUGCAUAAAUACAAGUACAGUGGAGUGGAUCACUCGUAUGUGGCAAAAUAUGUGUUGCAGCCCUUUUGGAGCCGCUGCGUUAAUUUCUUCCCCCUUUGGAUGCCGCCAAACAUGAUAACCCUUAUGGGAUUCAUGUUCUUAGUCACGUCUGCCCUACUUGGUUAUAUAUAUUCUCCUCGUUUGGAUUCAGCUCCACCAAGAUGGGUGCACUUUGCUCAUGGUUUACUUCUUUUCUUAUACCAGACUUUUGAUGCUGUUGAUGGGAAGCAAGCAAGGCGGACAAAUUCCUCUAGUCCAUUGGGAGAACUUUUUGACCAUGGAUGUGAUGCCCUUGCAUGUGCGUUUGAAACCAUGGCUUUUGGGAGCACUGCUAUGUGUGGAAGAACUUCUUUCUGGUUCUGGGUAAUUUCAGCUGUUCCAUUUUAUUGUGCAACAUGGGAACACUUUUUCACCAAUACCCUUAUUCUUCCAGCAAUAAAUGGACCUACAGAGGGGCUCAUGCUGAUAUACUUUUGCCAUUUUUUUACAGCUAUAGUUGGUGCUCAAUGGUGGGUUCAAGAAUUUGGAAAGUCUAUGCCCUUUUUAAGUUGGCUGCCAUUUGUAUAUGAAAUCCCAACAUUCAGAGUUGUGUUGUUUAUAAUGAUCGCUUUUGGUGUGAUACCAACAGUCUCAUUCAAUGUAUACAAUGUUUAUAAGGUUGUUCAGGCAAGAAAAGGAAGCAUGCUGCUGGCAUUAGCUAUGCUUUAUCCUUUUGCUGUGCUCAUGGGAGGAGUCCUGGCAUGGGAUUACUUGUCUCCAUCUGAUAUAAUGGGGAACUAUCCACAUUUGGUUAUAGUGGGAACUGGACUUGCAUUUGGAUUCCUUGUGACUGUCAUUAUGAAUAUCCAUGAUUGGAACGUGUUAAGAUCAGUGGUUGCUAGAAAUGAAGGGGGCAGUAUAGAUGGAGGAAAGUUAUAUACAAGGAAGGAUGGGAGGCUGUUCCAUGGGAUGUAAAAACCAAAUAGACAAUGUAAGAGAAAUAUAUUUAGCUUAAAAAAUGUCAAUACAUUAAUGAACUCAAAAAAGUCAAGGGGGAAGAUGAUCCCCAACAAUUACAAGAGGGAUGGUACUCCCUCCAAUCGUGAGGUAAUCAACCUCUUCAUUUGCCUCUCUAGAUCUCCAAGAGAAGGAGCAAUCAGAAUUCUAUCACUAUCAUUUGGAGCCAAUGCACAUAUCUCCAAGUUGCUCUUCUGCUCAGUCACCUACUGACAAAUUAGUGACCCCUAGAUGAAUGUCCUCUGUUAGACCCUCUAGUAAAAUUAGAAUGUCCUCUGUUAGACCCUCUAGUAAAAUUAGGAUCUUUCCCUCUAUUGCCAACCCAAACCUGGUAGCUUUGAGAGACCCAUACAGUUACCUGUAAGAUGGUAUGGAUUUCUCUUACUGAUUAAUUGAGAGUGUUUGAUCUCUCACUAUCUCUUAUAUUCAUUCUAGUCAAUUAACCAUGUUAUAACAAUUGGGAUUAAAUGGAUGUAACACCUAGAGACACCAACACCCAACACUUGUACUCAGUUUUCAGAGACUACAUACUAUAUACUAAAUAAUAAAAGAGGACAUAUUGUUCACCAUAUUGAUGGGUUAAGAGUGUUAUUGUAAUGAUAUUCUGGGCUGUCUCUAUGAAACAUGAAACCAAAGAUGACAUUGAACAUUGGGCCCAUGCAUCCUAGCUUUGUGAUUCACCUCAUUAAAAUCUUAAUUGAGCAUUGUGAUUGGAUUUAGACAAUCAGAUUAAUUUACAUUGUGUCAUGAUCCAUGUAACUUGAGUGCUAUAGAACUGGUUAAGCUGUCUUGUGCCAAGAUGUCGAUAUUGGAGCCUAUUCUUUUCUAAAGUCAAGCUCAAUAUGAUUAGAAUUUGAUAUCAUGGAAUUCAGCUUAUAAUUCAUUUGUUGAUAAUACUAGAUGCACCAGAAAUAUGCUUGAAUGCCUGUAAAAUCUUUUCCCUCUUUUCAAGUUUGCUAUCUUAAUCUUACUUGCAGUGGAGAUAUUUUAUGUUUCUAAUCCCCAUCAGCAUAUUUUUCUUGCUUUCCUCAUGGUAUCAAUGCUUUGUCACAAUCAUAUUCUCUUUCAGGCAUGAGAAUGGUGUUAAGUAUACUUGUUUGUUACACCUCUAAUUUGUUCUUGCUUGU